GUUGAUUUUUUUCCAGGUGACACAACAUACAUAGAAUUCAAACAUUUUCCAAAUUCUUGUCGUAAUUGUCAGACCAAAACGAAAAAUUCCCCGUUCCCCGUUUCUUGUUCCCCUCAUCACCAUCCCCAUCCACCCGCGUAGUAAACCGAAAGUCGCGAUGUCCGCAACCCUGCUGCUGGUAAUUUUCCUGGGUCUAUUCAUUCUGCUCGCAUUGGGUACUCUGCACCGCCGCAUCUUCACCGGGAGUAGUAGUAGUGGUAGCAACCAGAUGGCCCUGGUGCCGGCGGCGUCAGGCGUUCAAAGAGGAGCCCGCUACGAUCCCUUGGAGCAGUCGUCGUGGCACAAAUCAAUCCGGCCGCAUAUACGCUUUCUGGCUCGCUACAUUCACGUGCCGCCGGAUUUCGAUGGCGUGGAAAUGCCCGAGGAACUGUAUCGCCACAUGCAGGUGCUGGCCAUGCUCCAGGAUCAGUUCCGGGCGGGCCACUUGCAAAGGAGCGCAGUUUCCGGUUCCGUGACGGAUUUCGAUCGUUACCGGAAUCAAUGAAGAGGAUGCAACAGCUAGAUGGGAUAGGCAGUCAAUUUGGUUCACACUCGAGCUAUUUCGUAAUCAUUCCCAAUUAAAUCCCCUAGUUAGGCCCCAUUCCUGAAA